CUCAUAUCAGCAACACCCGUGUCGACGCUGAAGUUGCCAGUUUACAAUUUCGAUCCAACUCGAUGGUCGCCGACGUGCAAGAGCCGCAGUGGCUAACGAGAUCAACUUCUUCCUCAACGUUGUGUAUGGCGGAGAUGACCAACCCGCUGCCACAUGCCGACUCCACCCACCAAGUCACACAGGACGAACGGUCGCAUUACGUGCGCCGCUUGCUGCAAGAAAUCGUCAAAGUGUACACGAUGCUGCGAACACCGUUUGAUAAGGCCGCCGUCCACGAGACCUGCAAAGCGUUCGAGUAUGAGGUGUGGUCAUCCUGUCACAGCACCGACGACUAUGUCCGUCAGAUCCGUGGCCAAGUCCAGUCGAUAUCUAAACGAGGCCGGUGUCUGCUUCAGCAGCGGGAGUUCGAAGUGGCCACCACCAGCACUCUCCAAGCCACCACUGCCUCACCGCCGUCUUACGAACAUCACACCCCAUCGGCCACGCCCGAGGAUUCCAUGCGACACCUGCAGCGCGCGCACCUCCAACGAGCUCUCAGCAACUCGUGGCUCAAGUCCCGACGCAAAGCGUCUCGCUUUCGGUGGGAAGGGCGAUUGGAUGUCCAAGAAGAAGCGUACGUGCGAAGUGUGGAAAAGGCAGCAGGCAACGACAUCUACGAAGCCGUUCGCAACUUGCACUUCAACCAACUCGUGACGUACGAAGAGCAGCUGCGACUGUCGUUGCAUGCAGAACACCGCGACUGGGUCGCGUACGACCUGAGCGUGGUGCAAGAUUUGCUGGCCACGUUGAACCCAAUCUCUGCUCCGCAGCACCACAACCAGCACGACGUGCAAGCGCUGCUUUGUCAGAUUGAAAAAGUGUUCAAGGAGAAGGCUUUGUUCGACUACAUGUGGGAAAUGGAGCGUUGCAAGUCGGUCUACACAUCUCCAUCAUCCAAAUGCCCAUCCUAUUUAGCCCCCUAACUUUAACAGCCCAUCAUAUCCAUGACCUUCGUGAA